AUGGCCAUCCAAAUCUUGCCUCUGACGGCGGCUAAUAUUCCGCAAGCCGUGGAGGUCAUACAGCAGGCAUUUGCAGAUGACCCCUACUUUCAAUGGGCUUUUGACUCGGCCACAUUUAACAAGGAGAGGAACUGCGCAUCUCUAUCGUCACGAUGCCACUGGGGCAUAUCAAAUGCCAUCUUCCACAUUGCCAGGGAAUCGAGUGAGGCGGGUGAGGACGAUGCGAAGACGUCCCGGGUCCUUGGAGUGUCGUGCUGGCUGCCUCCGCACUCAGCGGCCGAGGCUGAGGGCUGGUACUCGUGGCUUCAGUCCUGGACUCUCUCCUUCAAUCAGCUUCUCAACAACGUGCGCUAUCUAGGCCACGGAGGACUGCGCACAAAUAGGUACUGGAUCUGGAAAGACCGUCAGCGCGAGGCGCAGUCGCAGAUCUGGGACGAUCCUCGCGGCUAUUAUUUUUGCAAUAUUAUUGCCAUUCGCCCCGAGGCCCAAGGAAAGGGCAUCGGCCGACGGCUAUUUGAGGCCGUUGCCGAACAGACAGAUCGCGAAGGGAUGAAGUGCUACCUAGAGAGUUCAAAGCUCACGCCCAACACGGAGAUCUACGAACGGCUCGGGUUUCACAUGGCCAGAGAGAUGGAGUGUCGCGACGGGGAUGAUGUCUGCAUGUUGUAUUGCAUGGUGCGUGACCCGAAGUCGAACUGA